CCGUAAGCCGGAGGAAGAUGGCGGCCGCGGAGCCACAGGCUCGCUUCGGUCAGUCCGUGAAAGGUUUGUUGUCGGAGAAAGUGUCCGCCUGCACCACGGAUGUGAUCGCCCUCACCAAGCAGAUCCUGAAGGGCUCCCGUAGCUCCGAGCUCCUGGGUCAGGCAGCUAGAAACAUGGUGAUGCAGGAGGACUCCAUUCUGCACUCUGAGGAUAGCUUGCGUAAAAUGUCAAUCAUAACAACACAUCUGCAAUACCAACAAGAAGCUAUACAGAAAAAUGUUGAACUUUCUACAAACCUUCAGGACCAGCUCAAGCAUCUCUUAAAGUGAACUGGAUGAUGGAAAGAUACUCCUCCGAGACAACGGCCAUGGGGGGGCACGGGGGUGAGGGGGAAUGUUGUCACUGCUCACAAUACAGCAAGGAUCAUAAAUGUUAACACACUUAACGGUAUCCAGAACUGUGCUGUUUAGAUCUGGUGCUGAUAAUGAACACAGCAAUUUUUGUUCCUGAGGAACACCUCGUGUGGUGAUUGGGUAUUGGUAAAGGUAACCUUGGAAAUAAAACUCAUUUGUUUGUUCAAAUACGAGGAAAUCUGCAGAUGCUGGAGAUUCAAACAACACACACAAAAUGCUGGUGGAACACAGCAGGCCAGGCAGCAUCUACAGGGAGAAGCGCUGUCGACGUUUUGGGCCGAGACCCUUCGUCAGGACUAACUGAAAGGAGAGAUACUAAGAGAUUUGAAAGUAGUGGGGGGAGGGGAAAUGCAAAAUGAUAGAAGACCGAAGGGGGUGGGAUGAAGCUAAGAGUUGGAAAGAUGAUUGGUGGAAGUGAUAUAGAGCUGGAGAAGGGAAAGGAUCAUGGGACGGGAGAUAUAUUUAGUUGGUUUUUUUUCUCUCUCUCUGCCCAUCACUCUGCCUGUUCUCCAUCUCCCUCUGGUGCUCCCCCCCUCCCCCUUUCUUUCUCCCAAGGCCUCCCGACAGUGCUUCUCCUUAUAGAUGCUGCCUGACCUGCUGUGUUCCACCAGCAUUUUGUGUGUCUCAUUUGUUGAUCGUUCGUUCUGUUCCUGGGCUAGAUGUUUUGAAGGGAAGAGUUACUAUUGUCAUGUGGAGGUUCAUUCUUAAAAAGUGUUGUAGUUUUUAGUGAUUGUCAAGUUUGCAAUGCAAGUACUAGAUCCUGUGUUAUCUUGAACAGCUUCAUCCAUUAUCAUUUAUCAGAAUUGUAUUGUUAGUCCACUGGUCUAACUUCCAUUUGCUUAUCUGGCAUUCUUAGCCUGAGUAAAACUAAAAUUAGUUAGUAGUUAAUUUUAUAUUUUCAGUGUCCCAGCAAGAGACACUUGGCUUUGUAUCAAUACUAUGCUGUUAACACAUGAUCAAAUCAUCAUUGUCAAAUGUCAUUGUCAUUGUUUAACUUAAAUGCUUGCAAUAUUAUAUUUAAUAUUUAUUGAAAUGAAUUCCAGUGCUACACCUUAGCGAGUGCUUUGAAAAUUUAUUGCAUUUAUUGUGGAUAAAACUCACUGUCGGAUAGUUACAUUUGUCCCUGAUUGCUGAUUGUAAAGUGUUACACAAACUGUUAUGCAGCCACGCUAUGACAGUGCCAACAACCUGGGUUCAAUUCCCGUCGCUGUCUGUAUGGAGCUUGUGCAUUCUCCCAGUGAUUGCAUGGGUUUCCUCCAGAUGCUCCUGUUUCCAACAGCAUUCCAAGAUGUACGGGUUAGGGGGUUAAUUGGUCACAUAGUUGUAAUCAGACAACGCAGGCUCAUUGGCCUGAAGAGUCUACUAUUGUGCUGUAUCUCUAAAUAAAAAUAAAAUGAGGUAGAUUGUGAGAUUGAUAGGCCACCUUAUCCUGGUAAGAAACUGUUCAAUAGACUUAGAACAGCAAGAGGGAGGUUGUCCUUGAGCCUGGUGGUAUGUACUUUCAGGUUUUUGUAUCUUGGGAGUGAUGAGAAGAGAGAAUGUCCAGGGUGAGUGAGGCCUUUGAUUAUGUUGGCUGCUUUCCUGAGGAAGCGAGAAGUGUAGACAGUGUCCGUGGAGGAGCUUCUGUUUGACUUUCUGUUCAAUUCCUUGAAAUUUAUUCUGCACCAUAUCUCCUGCCUUUUGAAAAUAUUCAGUCUUGAAAGUCUGUUACCUUCCUUAUCACUGGAGAUGAUAAGACAUUGCACUUUGUAUCAUCCUCAGUGGUAAACAGCUUUUUCGUCUUUAGUGUUUUUGAAACUCAAGACUUGAAAUAAAGUUUCUACAUCUAUAUUAUCUGAAAUCUGAUAUUUAAUUUUUUUAUUAUUCUGUGUAAAACACUUUGAACUGCCUUGUGUUUGAGAAGUGUUAUGCAAAUAAAAUUGUUUUCUUACACUAUA